AUGCAGGAGCUCGGCACUGUCCUGUGGUCACUGGGCCCGAACCCCACCAAGGCUGAGCUCCAGAAAGUGGUGGGUGAACUGGUCUGCGAUGGCAGGGGCCCUGUAGGAUUCCCCAAGCUCCUGGGCCUGAUGGCCUGGAAGCAAAUUUCGGUCAGCACGGCCAAGUGGUGGCAUGCAGUGACCUGGCUGGGCAAGGAGCUGAACAACCAGGAGGUGGAAGAGAUGAUCCGGGCAGCACACAUGGACGCAGAUGGGCAGGUGGACUGCGAGGAGUUCAUGCACCUGCUGGUCUCGACGUCUGUGUCUCGACACCUCCGGAGUAAAAGCAGCGAGAACGGGAAUAACAACAUGCACUGA